AAGUGAAAUUAAUCUCUCCCUCACUUUUUGUCUCCUUGUUUAAUUUAAAUUCAGAGUUGAGCCAUGGCCAACAUUCAGAUCCGCAAAUACCGAGAGGACGAUUCCGAGGCAGUGAAGGAGAUCUUCACCAUGGGGAUGAGCGAGCACAUCCCUUCGUUCUUCAUGCACGUCCUGAAGCAGCUGCUCAUGCAGAUGGUGCUGAUGAUCGUCUUCUGCGCUCUCAUGACCAGCUCCAAGUCCUUCCUGCUGCCCAUCCUGGCGCUCACCCUGUGCCUAGCCGGGGCGCGGCAGUUUGUGGUCUACAUGUUCAACCAGUACAUCGACUCCUCCCUCAAGAAGGACCUCAACAGCAUCAGUGAGACCUACCUGAGCCAGAAGGACUCUGGUUUCUGGGUGGCUGAGAGCGAUGGCCAGGUGGUCUCCACAGUGGCGUGCCUCCCCGCCUGGGAGGCGCCCGGGUGCCUGGAGCUGAAACGCAUGUCCGUGUGCCGCAGGCACCGCAGGAUGGGCAUCGCUAAGACUCUGUGUCAGACAAUUACUGAUUUCACUCGUGAGAGGGGCUACGCAGCCGUCAUUCUCCGAACCUCUGUGGUACAGACGGACGCUCAGAAGCUCUACGAGAACCUGGGCUUCCAGAAGAUAAGAGAGUUCGCUAUUCCCGAAUUUCCUGCCAAAAUCCUGAACUUCAAUUUGCUUGAGUACAGACUGGAUUUACAGAAAGACGGGAAAACUGACUGACUCGAGCAGAGAGACGAUUUCAGGUCCACUCUAACAUUCAUUAACCCAGUUUCAUCAGUGCUGAGGUUUCUCUAGCACGCGUUGCACAACUGAAUAAACAAAUCAUUAUUGUUUUCAAAAGCUCUUUUUAAAAAUAGUCAGUCACUUGUAAUACAGUGGAAACUGCUUAUAGUGAUCACGUUGGUCCCAGGUCUUUCUCUGUUAAUUAUUACUAAUACUAAUAACUAAUACUUUUCUUAAAUAAGUGAAAUCUUUCUUCGUAGCUACAAGCGCAUUAAUUCAGCUCGUCUCUCAAGCUGACUGACACACACACACACACACA